AUGAAUAUUCCAAUUACAGAGACUUAUGAAUAUAAACAACUAACCAAAAUUUUAGAUAUCUUACAACAACAAAGAGAACAAGUUUUAAAAGAUAAAGAAACCAUUCAAAAUGCGUAUGAUGAAGCAUUAAAAUCACCAAUAGAAUAUAUUGAAAAUUUAAUUGGGGGUAAAAUACAAUUACCAGGUAAAAUAAAUAUAGAAGAAGUACCAAAAUUUUCAAUUGGUUUAGGAACAUAUAAUAAUAAUAAGAACAAUAAUAAUAAUAAUAAUAAUAAUAAUAAUAAUAAUAAUAAUAAUAAUAAUAAUAAUAAUAAUAAUAAUAAUAAUAAUAAUAGUAAUAAUAAUAAUAUUAAUAAUAACAAUAAUUCAAGAUCAAGAAAUGCAACAAAUUUAAAAAUUCCUCAUCUAUCAAGUGAAAGUGAAUCUGAAAGUGAUAAUGGUGGUGAUGGUGGUAGAAAUAAAAGGAAAUUUUCAUCAUUUUCAUCUACUACAACGACCAAUACAGAAAUAAAUUCAUUAUCAAUAUCAGAAGGUGAAAAUAAUAGAGUUACAACUAAUCGUUUAACUAAAAGACAAAGUGAAAAUUUAACAUAUUGGACAGAAGAAGAACAAAAACUAUUAGAACAACUAUUAGUUAAAUAUCCAGAAGAAGAGGUAGCUUCACAUAGAUGGACAAAGAUUGCAACUCAUAUUAAGGGUAGAACACCACAACAAGUUGCAAGUAGAACUCAAAAAUUCUUUAAAAAAUUGGAAAAAGCCGGUUUAAGAAUUCCUGGUUCAAGAAAAAAAAAACAAUCACAACAACAACAACAACAACAACAACAACAACAACAACAAAAUAAUAAUAAUAAUAAUAAUAAUAACAAUAAUAAACAACCACAACCAACAUCAAGAAUUGAUUCAUCAUCCGAUAGAUCUGAUAAUGAUGAAAAAAUUAAAAAUAAAUCAUCAUCAUCAUCAUCAUCACAUGUUGGUAAAUCAAAAGUUGAACAUACUGGAUUUAAAUGUGAUGGAUGUGAUAUUGAACCAAUUAUUGGAACUAGAUGGCAUUGUGCUGAAUGUAUAAAUGAAGUUGAUUUAUGUGAAGAUUGUAAAGAGAAAUAUGAAGAGAUUGGCUCGCAUAACUCUUCACAUCACAUGACCGCAAUCGAUAAUCCUGAUAAUUAUUUCAUGGAUGAUGAUUAUAAAUUCUCUUAUCCAUCUGGUGAAACAAAUUAUUUAGACCCAAAUUAUAGAUAG